UAUGUCCUUGUCCUUUUACCCUAUUCCUAUUAAAGCAAAACCGUUUCCACAGGUUUUGUCAUGCCUUGGUCGCUGUUCAAAUCUUAAAACUAUUGUGUGUUUCGGUAAUGUUCUAACUGGACAAAAGAAGGAAGCUGAGGAGCUUGGCGUAUCUUGCUUCUCGUGGGAAGAGUUUCUUAAGUUGGGAGAUCUGGAUUCAGACAUACCACUGAAAAAGAAGACUGACAUAUGCACAAUCAUGUAUACAAGUGGAACAACGGGUGAACCCAAAGGUGUCAUUAUUAAGAAUGAGGCUUUCAUGGCUCAAGUGUUGUCUAUUGACCAAAUGCUUGAAUUAACUGACAAAGCGGGGACAGAAGACGAUGUGUACUUCUCUUUCCUUCCUCUUGCUCAUGUAUAUGACCAGAUAAUGGAGACCUAUUGGGUUUAUAGGGGUUCUUCAAUUGGAUUUUGGCAAGGAGAUGUCAGGUUCUUAAUGGAAGAUGUUCAGGUGCUGAAACCAACAAUAUUUUGUGGUGUACCUAGAAUUUAUGACCGUGUUUAUGCUAGCAUCAAAAGCAAAAUUUCAUCUACAGGAGCACUGCGAAGUACAUUGUUUCAAUAUGCAUAUAGCUACAAGUUGGGAUAUAUGGAGAAGGGUCUUCCCCAAGACAAAGCAGCACCUUUGUUUGAUAAGCUUGUGUUUGAUAAGGUAUGUCAUUUUAUUCU